UCAUCACUUCUUAUCGCUAACAACAUCCUUUACAGAAAUCGACUAGUGUUCUGUUGUUUGAGCAGAAAUAGUAGCCACCAUGGCUGACGCUCAACAAUCGCACAAAGCACAUCGUGCAAGUCGAACGAAAGCGAUUGAAGAAAAGCAAAAGAAGAAACAUGAAUCAGGUUAUAAUCCAAGAGCAUUUGUUUCUUCUAAUCCAAGAACGGCUGAUAAGCAAAUCAGAAGAAAUGCAGAAAAAGAUCAACAGAGAUUGCAUGUUCCCCUUGUCAAUCGAACUACAGAAGAGGAAGCACCACCUGUUAUCGUGGCAAUCGUUGGUCCAGAAGGAGUUGGAAAGACUACUUUGAUGCGUAGUCUCAUUCGCAGAUUCAGUAAACAUACAUUAUCCGACAUCAGAGGACCGGUCACAGUUAUCAGUGGAAAGAAGAGAAGAUUGACAUUUAUCGAGUGCAAGAAUGACAUUAACAGUAUGAUCGACGUGGGAAAGAUUGCUGAUUUGGUUUUAUUGAUGAUCGAUGGAUCGUUUGGAUUUGAAAUGGAAACGAUGGAAUUCUUGAACAUUCUGCAAGCCCAUGGAUUUCCAAAAGUCAUUGGCGUACUCACUCAUUUGGAUCUCAUCAAAAAGUCGGCCGCUCUCCGUGCUACAAAGAAGCGUCUAAAGCAACGAUUCUGGACAGAAAUUUAUCAAGGCGCAAAGCUGUUCUAUCUAAGUGGGAUCAUCAACGGUAGAUACCCCGAUACGGAAAUCCAAAAUCUGUCGAGAUUUGUCAGCGUGAUGAAGUUUCGUCCUUUGAUCUUCCGCAAUGCCCAUCCGUACAUGUUGGCAGAUCGAUUGGAAGACUUGACUCCAAAGGAGGACGUACGUUUGAAUACACGCAUGGAUCGCACAAUUACCUUGUACGGCUUCUUGCGUGGUACAAAUCUACGGCAAGAUGGAAAGGUACAUAUUGCAGGAGUUGGCGAUUUUGGCAUUGAUACCAUCGAGAAGUUGAAUGACCCUUGUCCUCUACCCAAUGCCGAGAGCGAGAAAAGACGAAAGAUGAACGAUAAAGCAAAGACUAUACAUGCUCCAAUGAGUGAUGUCGGUGGCGUCAUGUUUGACAAAGAUGCAGUGUACAUCAAUGUACCAGGUCAUUACUCUAAUGAACACGGAAAAGAGUCAAAGGGAGAAGGAGAAAAGAUGGUGAUUGGAUUGCAAGAUGCACGAUCUACGUUGGAUGAACGGAUACGAGGAGGAGAUUUGCGUUUGUUUGACGAUGAAAAGAAUCCACUAAGUAUCAGUAGCUCAAGGAAGCGUCAGGCGGCCUUCGAUGACAUUGAGAAAGCACAGCUGGAUCAAGACGACGGCCUAGAGGUAGACGAUGAAGACGAAGGCGGUACGCAGGAUGACGAGGAUGAAGCAUACCGCUCAAGCCGACGAGCCUUUGGUGCAAAUCUUGCUAAUGGUGAGCAACAAGACGAAGAAGUUGCAUUUGCAGAUAGCGAUUCAGAUCUUGGCUUCGGGGAAGACGAGGAUGACGAAGAGGAAGAAUCUGACGAAGAUGACGAAGAGGCUGCUUUGAGCAGAGAGCGUGGAUUGAAGGCAGAUCUCACCGUACUUGCCAAUCGUCAAAGAAAAGCUCCUGAUCUAAUGCGUCUCAUCUAUCAUACCGAGUAUUCUCCAGAAGAUAUCUCAAAUGGAACGACGCCUGUUCAAAACGGAGUGAUUGAUGACAUUACCAAAGAGGAUGACGACGAUGAUUUCUUCAAAUUGGUCGACGAAGACGCGAACGAAGGAGACGUUGCUGAGGAUGCCGAUGCAAUGGAAGGAAGUAAACCGCUUAUCACACAGAAAGACUUGAGCGUAUGGUCUUCCGAGUCAGCACUUGACUCUAUACGGCAUCUCUUCAUCACAGGUGCUGAAGCUCAAGCUGAGGACGGCGAUGAUGGAGAAGAGCGAGCAGAUGAAGGCUUCACAGGUUUCCAAGACGAGGACGCUGAUGAGGGCGAUGAAGAAGGGCCACACGAUGACGAAGAUCAAGGAGAAGAUGCCAGGAUGAGAGCUCUGACAAAGAAAAAGGAGCUGCUCAAGAAGAAGUUUGACGAACAGUAUGACGAUCCCGACGAAGCACUGCAAGGGGAUUGGUACGAAGAGCAAAAGGCCGAGCUGACAAAACAAGCUGAUGCCAAUCGUCGCGCAUUCGAAGAUGAGGAUGAGACUACCCGUCAAUUGCUUGAAGGAUAUCGACCAGGAGCUUAUGUUCGAUUGCAAUUGACAUCCAUUCCAUGCGAGUUUGUUGACAACUUCGAUCCACAUUUCCCAAUCCUUGUGGGUGGAUUAUUAGCAUCUGAGCAAGUGAUGGGAUACAUGCAAGUACGUAUCAAGCGACAUCGUUGGCAUUCACGCAUUCUCAAGACCAAUGAUCCGCUUAUCUUUAGUAUGGGAUGGAGAAGAUUCCAAAGUGUGCCAAUCUACAGCUUGGAUGACGGUACCAGAAAUCGAAUGCUAAAGUAUACACCAGAGCACAUGCACUGUUUGGCUACCUUUUGGGCACCCGCUGCAAGACCAAAUACAGGAUUCUGUGCGUUUAACAAUCUUGAUGAAGGCGUAAGCAACUUCCGCAUCUCUGCAACGGGAACUGUUUUGGAUGUUGAUCAAGGUGCACGCGGACACAAGAUUGUCAAGAAGCUCAAAUUGACGGGGACACCUGCCAAAGUGUACAAGAAUACAGCCUUCAUCAAGGAUAUGUUCAAUAGUCGAUUAGAAGUGGCCAAAUUUGAAGGUGCAAGUAUUCGAACCGUCAGUGGUAUCAGAGGUCAAAUCAAGAAACCUUUGGCCAAACCUGAAGGUCAAUACCGUGCAACUUUUGAGGACAAGGUAUUGAUGAGUGAUAUCGUUUUCUUGCGUUGUUGGUACGCAAUCGAGCCGCGCAAGUUCUACAAUCCCAUCUUAUCCCAUCUAUCUUCUGAUCACGCUGCGCACCCUUCUAUGCGUUUGACCGGUCGUGUACGAUAUGACGAAGGUAUCAAAACACCUUUGCGCGUUGACAGCACUUACAAGACUGUCGAACAACGUCCAACGGUACGCAAGUUCAACCCUCUGCGUAUUCCUGCUUCAUUGCAAUCCAGUCUUCCUUUCUCUAGCAAAGUGAAAGAUAUGUCAAAGCAAAACAAAGAAGGUUAUCUGAAACAACGUGCAGUUGUGAUGGAUAAACAAGAGAAAGAAGCUGUCGCUCUAUUACAAGCGAUGAAAACUGUUCAAAAAGCCAGACAAACGAAGCGAGAUGAAUCAAAACGUGUUCAAAGAGAAAAGUAUUCUGCUAAACAAGCUGACGCAGAAGCACAUAAAGCUCAAAAGCGUAAAGAAAUGAUGGCAGACGUCUAUCGCGUUCAAGGACAAAAACAGGCCAAAAGACAAAAGCAAAGCGGAAGCUCUUCCUGAGGAAGGAUGUGGGAAGGUGCUGCUCUGUAUAUAUAUCCUAUUUUCCUUUCUUACCAAACAUUGUACUAUUCUCACAUGCAAUUUUUUACAUCUCUUC